AUAGUAAUAAUGAACAGUGCCUCGUAGUCGAUGACCGCGGCCUGUAAUUAGCGUCACUUUUUUAAUAAUUUAUCUGAUUUUGUAAGCCUAGUGUAGUUUUGUGAAGAUGUGCGGUAUAAUUGGUGGCGUGUCGACCCUCGUCGUGGGUUCUGUACUAGUGGUCGCUAGCUCAGUGAUAAGCUUCGUGUUUGUGCCUAAUAUCAUCAGGAAUAUUAUUGCAGGCGAGGUAACACUACUAGAUGACACGAUUCAGAUGGAGCGGUUCAAGGAGGUGCCGUUUCCCAUGAACUUCACCGUCAGGGUCUUCAACAUGACCAACCCGGCCCAGGUGUUGACUGGCGGAGUGCCCGUCAUGCAGGAAAUCGGACCCUAUGUGUAUAGACUGUACCAGACUCGUGAAAUUCUGGAGAAAGAUGGUGACGUGGUGGUGUACAAAAUGCACGAACACUUCGAGUUUGACGCCGAUCUGUCGUAUCCGUACCAAGAAGAUGAUUUGGUCACUAUCAUCAACGUCCCGUUUCAUGCUGUAAUCCAAGUAGCAGAAAGUCUAUUCCCAUACCUAAUGUCGUUGCUACAAAUGGCUAUGGACGAGGUGUUCAAAGAAUUUAACACGCCUAUAACUACAAUCAGAGUGAGGGACUUACUGUUUGAUGGUAUCACCAUGUGCAAGAAUCCUACGGGUCUGGGCAUCAUUGCCUGCUCCAUCAUCAGGGAUAUUGCUGACAACGCGCAGAACAUUGAAGAGAAACCUGAUGGGUCUCUUGUGUUCUCGAUCUUAAAUUAUAAACAACAGCUUCCAAGCCAAGAGUACAGAGUACAAAGAGGGUUAAACGACCCCGCAGACUUAGGGAGGAUCCUAAGCUACGCCGGUUCCCCAUUCUUCCCCCAAUGGCUGAACCUCACCACCCGGGAACCGAACGUGUGUAUGGAGGUCAACGGCACGGACGCCGGAAUUUUCGCUCCGUUCGUGGAAACUGAGAGGAGUAUUUACGCUAUAAACACUGAUAUUUGCCGAUCAGUGGAGCUGCGGUACGAGAGAGACUCGGAGUACGAGGGAAUACCGACGGUGAGGUUCGCCGCAAACGAGUGGCUGUUGGAUAAUGAUGACGGAUGCUUCUGUCUGAACGUCACCAGAGGAAUCAACAGGGAUGACGGCUGUCUGCUCCGAGGAGCAAUGGAGUUGUAUACAUGUGUGGGUGCCUUUCUCAUAAUGUCGUACCCACACUUCCUGUUCGCGGACGUCAGGUAUCGAGAUAGCGUGCUUGGGAUGCACCCGAACGAGGAAAACCAUAAGAUUUUCAUUGAAUUAGAACCGAAUACCGGUACUCCGAUCAGGGGUGCAAAGAGAGCGCAGUUCAACAUCUUCUCGCGGCCGGUUAGAAACAUACCCGUCACACAGAACCUACGCACCGCGAUUGUUCCCAUCCUAUGGAUUGAAGAAGCUAUAGAUCUGCCCCACGAGUUCGUAGACGAGCUGACAGAGCGACUGCUGAGCAGCUUACAGCUGGUGGACAUCUUCAUACCAGUCCUCAUAGCGGCGUGCGUCAUGGUGCUGGUGGUGGGCGUCGCGCUCACGGCCAGAGCUAGGCUUUACAGGAAGUGAUGUUAACUAAAAUAACUUAUAGGAAAUAAAACGAUGGUUGUGCUGA